ACGUUACAAUAUACAUAAUAUUGGAAAGAGUUUUUCUCUUGUAAACUCCACACUCAUCUCACCACGAGCAUCAUCCUGGAGCAUCCCAUAGUGAUUGCUUCGAACGCAACUCUUCAGCCUAACUCUUCAGCUCAACAACUCUCUCGCGUGGAGAAAGUGGAUAAAACAAACAUUUCACCGUACACCGCAAAACAUUCGCGAGUGAACCACAGUACCGGUAACAUCGUAACGGUCCACAUCCAGACCACGUCCAACGCAGAAGCUUCACCAAAAGCAGAAGCUAAGCUUAAAUUGUCUAUUACCGACGGACGUCAAGGCAGGCCGCAAAAAACACAACCCAACGGUACCGACAUAGCAGGGUGAAACUGUCCGCCAACCGGUACUACUGGUACUAAGGCAAAGAACGCGUUCUUCCUUUCCACUGUCACACCGGCAGCACCGGUAGCUCGUUGGCCAUUUUUAUUCUCAUCUUCACCCUUGCGUUCGUGACCGCAACGCUUCGAAGCAAACGAUGGCGAUCGUCACCGUGCGUUCGUUGACUCUGCUGAUGCUGCCAGUCUUCCUGCGGGCAGUUCUCGCCCAAGACAUACCGUACUACAUGCACCGAUGCGAACGGGAUGCGGCGGAUGUGAACGAUUGUCUGAGGUACGCUGCCAACAAGCUGGCGGGCUAUAUAAGGCGUGGUAUUCCAGAGAUUGGUAUCGUUGAUGUGGAGCCCGUCGUGGUGGAUGAGAUCAGCAUCGCGCUGGGAAGUGGCCCCGACGGUUACCGUGCCAGCUUCCGCAAUAUCGAGGCGUACGGCGUAAGCAACUUGUCGAUCGUGAAUGUACGCUCCGACAUCGACUCGAUGCAAUUUCAGAUGACGAUCGAGAUUCCGAAAAUUAAAGCAACGGCCCAGUAUCAAUCGUCCGGCGUGUUGCUCUUGAUCCAGGCAUCCGGUGCCGGCGAAUAUUGGGGAGAGUAUGAGGGCGUUAAGGCUAAGACCUACUUUAAGGCGACCCCGUACCAAGGAGACGAUGGAAUGACGUACCUAACGGUCGACCAGACCAAGAUGGACUUUAGCGUGAAGGAGAUCAAGAUGGGCGUGGAGAACAUUGCGAACCAGAACGCCAUUAUUCAUGCGGCGAUGAAUCUGUUCAUCAAUACCAACGCCCAGGAACUGCUGAAGGAGAUGAAGCCACAGUUACGGACGAAGCUGACCGAACAUUUGCACUCCUUCCUACAGCAGCUGUUCGAUCGCAUUCCGGUGGAGCAGUGGUUGGACUAGAGCAUGCGGAAGGCGAUGCUUACACCUUUGUGCUAAUAUUUAUUGUACUUUGUAGUUAUAAAAGCAACACGAACGAAUAAAUUGAAUGGUACGUGUUGGGUUUACGCGUUGACUGA